AUGGCCCCUAGCAAAGACCAGCAAACUGCAUCUCACUCCUCCAAAGCCGGUCCACCUGCUAAACCGGUCUCCCCUUUGACCUCUUCGACCCAUGACGAUGGCGCUGAAAAGCAAUCCCACCCCGUAUCGAACAGCGUAGUGGUCGAUCUAUCCUCUCCAAGCCCGCGUCGCAACAGCUCGAAGCGGAAAGCAGAUACAGCACAAGCAUCGCCUGCCCGCAAACGUCCUGCUGACCUUGCCCGCCAACUCUUUGGUGACGACGAGGAUCAAGAUGUGAAGCCAGCAGCAGCAGCAGUGACCAUCGCCGAAACCACAUCUGCUGAUGCGAGUACCAGCACCACCAAGGUCGAUUCAGUUCUGACAACUCGCCGAAGAAGCAGGAGAGCUGGCACUCAAGACUCUCAGAUCGAAUCGCAGCCCAGCUCCGCAUCCUUCACCACCGCCUUCGAGUCGGAGCAGACGCCGCAAGCUCAAGUAAACGCAGCUGCUUCCACCUCCUCAAAUGUUACCGAUGCCGCUUCACUCCAACUCCGCAUCCGCCAACUCGAACUUCAACUUGCCCAAACCAAGGCAAAAGCCAAAGAGCACACCGAGCUCAUCACUGCUCAGCACACCAUCUUCAAGGAUCUUCGCAAUCAGUGCACCUGCCAUAUUUGCAUUGAACCUGCCUUCCGUCCUUGCGUGCUAGCACCUUGCGGCCAUGUCUUUUGCAUCAACUGUCUUUGCUCUUGGUUCACCAAGCCGCUCGCCAGCGAGCCUGAUCCAACUGCAGGAUGGUCAGAGGAAGCCAUCGUACGCUAUCAACGCGCCCGUACGCUCAAACGCAAAAAAAUUUGUCCCUCUUGUCGAACCGAGUUGGCCUGUCCACCUGUCGAGGUCUACUUGGUGAGAGAUAUGCUCGAGAAGGUCGACGCCGGCUUGAAGCUCAGCAAAGAGGCUAACAAUCUCGACGCAGAUCUUGCUGAGUCUAGCGCUGCCACCUUGAACCUUGACGACAAGGCACGGUCCAAGGCGCAAGAUCUGCCGAAGGGAGCAAAGGUAUGGCAAGACAUCUUUGAUCAGGAUGGACCGAGAAGGAUCAUUUUCGAUCAAGUGGAUGGUGUGGCGAGGUGUGGUAGUUGUGCAUCCGAGAUCUUUGAUGGUACCUGUAGUAAUCCUUCCUGUGCUAUUGAGUAUGAUAGUCAGUCGGAUUAUGAAGAUUUGAGGAGGCGCGGCUGGGAUGACGUUGGUGAAUUUGAUAGUGAUCUGGAUAGCUUAGGUGGCGAGUACCGUCCGGACCCAGAAGCGAUUCGGAGGCAAUCGAGGGGAAAUGCGCCACUGGCAGAGAGGUUGAGGAGGUUCCAGGACAGACAUGGACCCUCGGAGCAUGUGAACAGAGGCGGAGCGAGGCAUAGGUUGGAGGUGCCGGAUGACUUUUCCGGCAUCACGUAUAUUGACUCGGAUGAUGAUGAGCAUAUUGCCCAAGACUAUACGGAGCGGGAUAGGGAGUUGAGGAGAAGUGCAGGUGGAGGGAGAGCCGAGGUUGUGCAAACGGAAGAUGAGGAGGAGGAAGAGGAUGAGCAAGACGAAGAGAUGGACGACUUUAUUGUGAGGGAUGAUGAGGAGGAUGAGACCCGUGGUGCCAGUGAUAGUGGGAGCGAUGUGAAUGGUGUUAGUGAUGAGGAUAGCGAGGAGGGGGAUCAUUUCCUGCCAGGGCCGAGGAGGGGUCGACAGGCUGCACCGAUUGAGAUUCUUAGCAGUAGCGAUGGUGAAGGAGAGGAUGAGAUGGGGGGAAGGAGAGGUUCAAGUAUCGAGCAUAGGGGUCGAAGGGGUGGUAAAAGGGUUGUUGAUGAUGAUGAUGAUGACGAGGAUGAUGACGAGGAUGAUGACGAGGAUGAUGACGAGGAUAAUGGCGGUGAUAGUGAUAGUGAAGGGGAAGAUGAAGUGAUGCAUAGCGAGAGCAGCAGUGAUGUGGAUGUGGAGGAUGAAGAGGACACGGAUACGGAGAGAAACUUGGGCGGUAGUACGGAUAACAGUGUCCGCAGACGACGCACUCGUAUCAUCGAUCAUGACGAUGACGAUCGUGAUGAGUGA